AUGGAAGAGAAUUUAGUGGCAUUAGUGUUAUAUGGGUGCAAGUUGGCUAAGGAUCUUGAACAAAGCCUCCCGGUGUUGGCAAACCAGCCCGAUAUUCUUUCGUUGUCUUGCGAAGAAAUCGUUCGAGUUUUUAGCAAUGUUAAAGACGGGUUAAAUUCUAAUCAACCGAGUAAUUUGAAUAGUAAUCUGAGGCGGGAACAACAACAGCAACAGCAGCUUGAUCAUGAAGACCAAAUUGGUGCCGAAAUUCAAGAAUGGCUGAGGACUGGCGGCACCACCACCGCCACGGGCGUCGCCGCCGUGACUAAUACUCGUGAGGCGUUGGAUUUGCUCAAUCCUCGAGCCACGGCGAUUGUUGGUGAUGGGAGAAUGAAGGGACCGAUGGUUCGCGAGUUGGGCGAUGUGAAUGGUCGAGGCCGUAAUUCUAAAGGUGGGGCCCGCGUUGGGGAUGAUGCACCGGAUUCCAGCAGAACUAGGAAGAGUUAUGCUUCAAAUUUUAAUGAAUUAAUGAUCAGAAGAGACGAAGGUUACAAGACAGUGAAGAGAGUUGCAGCUCCUCAGAUGGGGAAUCUUGAUAUUCCUCCGGAAGAUGGUUACACGUGGCGAAAAUACGGUCAAAAGGAAAUUCUAGGUUCCACGUAUCCAAGGAGUUAUUACAGGUGCACCCACCAAAAAUUCUACGAAUGCCCCGCCAAGAAACAAGUCCAGCGUUUAGAUGACGACCCGUUCACGUUCGAGGUCACCUACCGCGGCAGCCACACUUGCCACAUGUCCUCCACCGCCCCUUCCGCCGCGCUGCCGCUGCCGGAACAACAACCGUUCCCGCCACGCACAACCGCCGCCGCGGCCAACGCGUACGCUCCACUACUUCCCUACUCACUCCCUAAUACUAAUAAUAUCCACCACAACUGGCUCUCCAUGCAAAUCUUUCAAGAUCUCGGUGGCGGCGGCGUGGCGGCGGCCGGGAGUAGCGAUGGAGCCGCGGCUAGGUUCCCGGAGUACCAGCUGCCGGUGGCGGAUAUGGCGGACGCGAUGUUUAAUUCCGGAAGCAGCAGCAGCAAUAGCAUGGAUCUCAUUUUCUCUUCCAUGGAUGAUAAUCACAAGUGGGAUUCUGAAGAAAAGAAAGAUUAAUAAACUAAAAACUUAGU